GUCUCUAGGGGAAUGAUGAAACUGAGUAGAGCAGUACCGGCUUUACUGCGCCGGGGUUCGUGAACAGAAACAGUUUCAGUCCAAAUAAAUAUAUUUUAUUGGUUUAUAUUCGGUCGGUUUUUGUGGGUUACGGGAUUAUAAAGCUGUGUAUUUAGCUGGUGUUUUUGUGCUCUAUGAGAGCUGAGUUAUAAUGUAUCCGGUAAGGCGCUGCUCCUCACAUCUGGCCGCGCUUUGCCUCUCAUCGCUGGGGUCCGCUCCCACACCCGCCGCUGAGCUGAAACACGGGCUCUCCCUGAGAUCAGGUCCCUCAGUGAGCCGCUGUGGACAAGCUUCCUGUACCGCACCGAGGCCGCUGAAACCCAGCCGCUCAUCUCCAUCACUACACGUGAGUCAGAUGGGGAGCAGCAGUGUCCGAUUCUUCACUUCUUUAGCUCAGCCUAUGAGCAGCACACCCCUGGAGCACACACACCCUGACGCCGAGGGGAGCGACUCGGAGCAGGUCGAGCCCGAGGCGCUGCUGCGGGAGUGCGAGGAGGUCCUGAGGACGCGACCGCCGCGGCCGCAUCGAGACUUCGUCAGGACCAGGGCCAGCGCCGCACACAACCCGCAGAUCCGCGUCAUGCAGUGGAACAUUCUAGCACAAGCUCUGGGCGAGGGCAAGGACGGUUUCGUUCGCUGCCCGAUGGAGGCGCUAAACUGGGCCGAGAGGAAGUACCUGAUCCUGGAGGAGAUACUGACCUACAGACCAGACAUUGUGUGUCUUCAGGAGGUGGACCACUACUACGACACCUUUCAGCCCAUGAUGUCCAGUCUGGGCUACCAGAGCAGCUUCUGCCCCAAGCCGUUCUCUCCGUGCCUGGACGUCCGCGGCAACAACGGCCCUGACGGCUGCGCCCUGUUCUUCAGCCGCGAACGCUUCCGUCUGCUCGGCGUCCAUCACCUACAUCUGUCUGCCUUGGCGCUCAAGACCAACCAGGUGGCCGUAGCGGCUACGCUACAGUGUCAGGUGACGGGGCGGGCCUUGUGCGUCGUCGUGACACACCUGAAAGCGAGGAGUGGCUGGGAGAGCUUCCGUGGAGCCCAGGGCGCCAACCUUCUGCAGCAGCUCGAGGCCAUCUUGAGCGCACAACAGGAAGCAGCCGUGCCUUUGAUGGUGUGCGGGGAUUUUAACGCCGAGCCUGGAGAGGAGGUUUACCGCCGCUUUCUGAACUCCCCGCUCGGCCUCGAUAGCGCGUACAGGGCCCUGAGCGCCGACGCCGUCACCGAGCCGUCCUACACCACCUGGAAGAUCCGCCCGAGCGGAGAGAGCCGAGCCACGCUCGACUACGUGUGGUACUCGCACCACGGCUUCACCGCCGACGCCGUUCUCAGCAUGCCUACUGAGGAGCAGAUCGGCCCUGACCGCCUGCCCUCAUACCACUAUCCAUCAGACCAUCUCUCACUCGUCUGCGACUUCAGCUUCAUCCAGGAGCCCCACAGGCUCAUGUGACCUGCCAACUGGGCAACUUCGAACAUUCCAAAACCUUUUUUCCCCGAAGCGGUAGAAGGUCUUCACGUACCUCACACGAGCGCCACAAAUACAGGCCCGAGGACGAAAAACGUCAGUGUCCUCUAGGCUUCCUGAAUGUUCUGUGCAAUAACGUUUUAAUUUAUUAUUUUGGCAGCGUGGCGGAUCUCAGGACAGAUGGUUCAGACGAUGUUUUCUUUAACUAUAUGCUGUAAUUUGUUAAGAAAAAAAAGUAUUAUUUAACACGCACACUGUUUAUUCUUCUAACGAGUUCUAUUUAAAACGAAUUGCUUGAUUUAUCAAACGAUCGGAGGGAAGUUUCACCUGCGACGUCAUUAACCAGCGAAAAAAAGAAUUCCUGCACCUUUCAAACGCACCGAUUUCAUUAUGUUCCAAUGACAAAAUGAAAACUGCACCAUUAAAGAUUUUAUACCACA